AUGCUUUCGUCAUCACCUCUUCGAUUUCUCGGCCUGCUCUGGGUGAGCCUACUCGCUUCUUCGGCCUAUGGAGGUCUCAUAGGCCGACAAAGCGAUGUUCCUACGGUCAAGGUCAAGAACGGCAGCUACUAUGGUUUUCACAACCCGUCAUACAAUCAGGAUCUCUUCCUUGGAAUGCCCUUUGCCCAACCGCCUGUAGGAGAACUACGCUUCAACUUGCCAAAGUCACUGAACACGACGUGGGACAGCCCCAAGAAUGCCACCCAGUACGGUUAUCAAUGCUACGGGUACGGGAGUGACCAAUGGGUGCUGGGAAACAUUGUCAGUGAAGACUGCCUGACCCUCAACGUCGUCAGGCCGAGCGGUAUCGGACAGAAUGCAAGUUUGCCAGUGGGAGUUUGGAUUCAUGGCGGAGGCUUUUUCGAGGGAGGAGGCCGGGAUCCACGAUACAACCUGAGCAAGAUCAUCCAGGCAUCGGUCGACAUGGGCAAACCAUUCAUUGGUGUCAGUAUCAACUAUCGCCUGCAAGCAUUCGGGUAUCUCUUCGGCACCGCCGUCCUGAAGGAGGGUGUCACCAAUCUGGGCUUCCGUGACCAGCGGCUGGCACUGCACUGGGUGCAAGAAAACAUCGCCGCGUUCGGCGGAGAUCCGGCCCAGGUGACCAUCUGGGGAGAGUCCGCUGGAGGCAACUCAGUCGGAACGCAGCUCAUCGCCUACGGCGGGCGUGAUGACAAACUCUUCCGUGCCGGGAUCAUGGAGAGCGGCUGCCCCGUCCCGUUCGCUCCAGCCAUCAACGCCUCCGCGUGGGACAAAUACUACAACAACAUCACCAAGGCGACCAACUGCAGCGGCGCGCCCGACACGCUCGCCUGCCUGCGCAAGGUGCCCAUUCAGAGACUCAGCGACGUUCUCAACAGCAGCGUGACGGCGACGGUCCCGGGGUGGGGAGGGCACAUCGACGGUGACUUCAUCGAGGGCUCGGCCUCUCAACAACUUCUCGACGGCAAGUUCGUCAAGGUCCCCAUCCUGCAGGGCGCGAACUUUGACGAGGGAACCUCGUUCGGCGGCAAGGGCAUCAACACCACCCAGCAAUUCCUCGCCUAUGUCUCGUCGACCGGUCCCAACGCGACCACGGCGCAGACAGUCGCCGCCCUUUACCCUGAUAUCCCGGGCAUCGGCAUCCCCGCUACCCUGGACGGUCGGCCUACCGGGCCCUGGGCGCUGCUGGGAAAGCAGUACAAGCGCGCGUCUGCCUACGGCGGGGACCUCAGCAUGCACGCUCCCCGACGGUUCACGUCCAUGUGCUGGGCGGCCCAAAACGUCAGCGGGUACAGCUACCACUUCAACGUGGUGCCGAACGGCGUGCCGCCGCAGAUCGGGGCGACUCAUUUCCAGGAAGUCGCGUUUGUGUUCGACAACACCGCCGGACAGGGAUACAACAACUCUGUCGCCAAGGACCCCUUUGCCAACAUGCCUCGGUCGUAUGACCGACUUGCGAAUGUCAUGUCUCGAAUGUGGGCGAGUUUCAUUGCCGAUCUCGAUCCUAAUGUGAACAAUGCCACCGCGGUUCAUUGGCCCAAGUAUAAUCUCACGACGCCACAAAACAUCGUGUUCGACACCAACCAUACAAACCUGAUGUAUGUGGAGGACGACUACUACCGCGCCGAGGGCAUUGCGUUCAUCUCUGAGAACUUUGUCGGUGUCUAUGGUCGCUAG